GGGCCGCGGCGCCCGGGGCGGGCCGGGGCGAGUGGUGCGAGCGUCCGCGCCGCGGUGCCGCCGGCCUGCCGGCCAUGCUCAUCACGCUGUGCUACCUGUACCUGUGGGCGCGCUGGGGGCGGCGGCCGGUGGCGCUGGUGCGCACCACGGUGCGGCGGCUGCGCGCCUCGCGCUGCUCCUUCACCUUCUGCGGCGCGGCUGCGCGGCCGAGGGGCGCCCGCGUGUGCCUGAGCCGCGGCGGCCGCGUCUUCUGCGUCGGCGAGAGCCAGUCCAUUGAUGACUUGAACAAAUGGGUCCUUUUUCUUGUUUCUCCUUUUAUACUUGAAGCAGAGCACAUUGCAUUUGUGACAGAGAGCAUUUGGGUACAGAGUGAGAAUUUGCAGAGACCAUCUGCCUCUUCAGAAACUAUUGUGAAGUGGUCAGACUGCUGUUCCCCAUUGGCCUGUAGACCAGGGGAUCCCUACCAAUUAAUAGCGGAGGCCAGUGUGGACGACUUCAGCCGGCUGGGGGUGGCGUUCAUGGAAGACAGGCUCCAGAUGGACAGCGGACUGGUACCCCAAAAGAUCGUUUCUGUGUACUUCCAGGACACCCCUCUGAAGGAUCUUAAGGAUCAGGCUGCAGACAAGCCGGCCCAGAUCCUACAGCCCAGCCUGGAGUCUUCUGUUGAGAUUAAGCCUGAGCAGGACGUUAUGGAGCCCAUUGGCAAAGCUGACCCAGAGGUCCUCGAAGAGCCCAAAGAAGAGAAAGGCACCGUCUCCGGGAGAGAGCCCGCCGGGGAGGGCAACGGGGGCACGGGCUCCAUCGAGCACUGCCACCUACACCUGUCCAGUUGCCAUGAGUGUCUGGAACUUGAGAGUCGCACCAUUGAGUCGGUCAAGUUUGCAUCCGCAGAGAACAUUCCAGAUCUUCCCUACGAUUACAACAACAGUUUGGAGGGUGUUGCCAAUGAGGACUGCCCUGAGAAAGAAGGAAGGAGAAUCACCAUCUCCAGAAAGGCCCCCAACAUCCUCCUCUUUGUGGGCUCCGAUUCCAAGGAAGCCCUCGGCAGGUUCCGGCAGGUCCGGGAUGUUCUGUGCGACUGUGUGGAUCCCGAUUGCUACACCAUCUAUCACCUGCUGGAGGAGAGUGUGCUCAGGGACCCGUGGCCAGACACCUGUGUGCUGCUGGUCCUCGCCACCCGGGAAUCUCUUUCCGACAAGCUGCACCAGCAGUUCACGGCCUACCUCUGUCAGGGUGGCAAGGUGCUGGGCCUGUCUUCAUCCUUCACAUUUGGGGGCUUCCGGGUGGCAAGCAAGGGAGCUCUGCAGAAGACAGUCCAGAACUUGGUUUUCUCGAAGGCUGACCGGAGCGAGGUGAAGCUCAGUGUUCUGAGCAGUGGCUGCGUGUAUGAGGGGGGCCCCGGGGAGCGGCUUGGAGCGGGCAGCCUCCAGGGCCACCUGGAGAACGAGGCCAGGGACAGGACGAUUGUGCAAGUGCCUUUCGGAACGCGUGGCGGAGAAGCUGUGCUUUGCCAGGUGCAUUUAGAACUGCCUCCCAGCUCCUCGAUGGUACAAACACAAGAAGAUUUUGAUUUGCUUAAAUCAAGCAACUGUAGAAGAUACGAAGUCCUCAGAGAGAUCCUGACCACCCUCGGCCUAAGUUGUGAGAUGAAACCGGCUCCCACCUUAACGCCUCUUCACCUGCUGCCUGCCGCGGAGGAAAUCCGGGAUCCUCUCACACAGUGGCUUGAGAAGCAUAAGGAUUCCAGAGGAGUAAUAAAAUCCAGCAAGCUCUCCCUCAAAUUUGUUCCAUCCUAUACACCUGAAAUAGAAAUAACCCCAUCAUCUAUACCUGUUGUUACUGACACGGAGGCUUUCUCAUCCGAACAUUUUAACUUAGACAUCUAUCGACAAAAUUUGCAGACAAAGCAACUUGGAAAAAUAAUUCUGUUUGCCGAAGUGACGCCCUCGACGAUGAGCCUCCUGGAUGGGUUGAUGUUUGCGAUGCCGCAGGAAAUGGGUUUAAUCGCCAUCGCAGCACAGCAAACACAAGGCAAAGGGCGUGGAAGCAAUGCCUGGCUGAGUCCCAUGGGUUGCUCUCUCUCCACUCUACUCGUCUCCAUCCCGCUGAAAUCCCAGCUGGGACAGCGAAUCCCUUUUGUCCAGCAUCUGAUGUCCCUGGCGGUCGUGGAGGCAGUGAGAUCCAUUCCCAAGUAUCAGGAUGUCAAUUUACGGGUGAAGUGGCCCAACGAUAUUUAUUACGGCGACCUCAUGAAGCUCGGUGGAGUGCUGGUUAACUCAACACUUCUGGGAGAAACAUUUUAUAUACUUAUAGGCUGGGGAUUGAACGUGGCUAAUAGUAACCCCACCAUCUGCAUCAAUGAUGUCAUCACACAAUACAAUGUGCAAAAUGAGGCAGCACUGAAGCCCUUGAGAGCCGAUUAUCUCAUCGCCAGAACGGUGACCAUCCUUGAGAAGCUGAUCGACACGUUUCAGGAUGAAGGGCCCAAUGGCGUUCUUCCCCUUUAUUAUAAAUAUUGGGUACACAGUGGCCAGCAGGUCCGGCUGGGAAACGCCGAGGGACCGACGGCGUCGAUCGUGGGCCUGGAUGACUCCGGCUUCCUCCAGGUGUGUCAGGAAGGCGGCGAGGUCGUGACUGUGCAUCCGGACGGUAACUCCUUCGACAUGCUCAGAAACCUCAUCGUCCCCAAGCAGCGGUAGUCCCGGGCGCGGGGUGUCGCCUGACCAAGUGGGAACCACCCCAAGCAAGCAUUCCACUUUGAUUUUUGCCGCUUGCCCCAGCCCGGGGACCUUGAACGCUACUUUAGAGUUGUGGGUGAAUUUUUUUUUUUCCUCUCUCCAGUUAAUUUGUUAAUUCUUUAAUCCCCCCCCCCCCCUUUUUGGGGGUGGUUUUGCUGUUGAUGUUUUAUUGGGUUUCUGAAGAUGUUGUAGGGCGGAGGACUGGCAGGUGGGAGUUUGGUUUAGUUAGGGUGUGAAAUCGUUCUGCCACCUCGGGCUUCGAUUUGUGUGUUUUGGCCAGAAAAAAAGUCGUAUUUGGAAACAGCAAUGGGAAUAUUCAACUGUUUUCUCGGUAAUGGACACCUUUACCCCCUGCACCAUUAAAAAGCAAAUCCAAAAACAUUCUCAAGCCCAGGCCAGUGGUGAGUUGGAGGUAGGGUAACCCUGUUUAUGAGCAUCCCAGCAGGCACUUUCCAAUAGAACAUAUGUUGGCACUCCGGGGUUGCUUUUAUUUUUUAUUUUUGUUAAUAAGGAAAGAACAGGUAGACUUUUAAGAGUUACUCUGUGCCCCUCUACUUCAAGGUUUGUUUUUCCGAUAACAAUGCCGAAGCGGCUACAGAGUUGUAUCUAGCUGAUACAGAUGCAGUGACAUUGUAGAGGAAAUCUGCUGAUUAGUUUGACAUUAAUUCAUGAUCUUCCUUUCAUAUGUCUAAAUUGACUGCAUAUUCUGAAGAGAUGGGAUCAAGUUCAAGGUCCUCAGAGUGCCGAUUAGCCAUCGCUUGGAUGUGAGCCUUGUGGGGUUCGCCCUGAACAGCUGGAGCUGCAGGCUCCCUCUUACCAUACAUGGAGGAUUGGGGUUUUUAAGCCUGUUUCAGGCUAGCUUUGAAAUGCAGAGCAUUCCUGCAAAACCCCAUGCAGAAACACAGUACAGAAUAUAGACACACAUGGCAUUUUAUAUGCAAGUCAUUAUUUUUCACCCCCUUUUUCCUAUAUUGCUAGGAAAGAAAAUGAUGAUACUGAACACUGAACAGUUAAAUGAGUCUGUGUGUGUGUGUGUGUGUGUGUGUGUGUGUGUGUGUGUGUGUAGCUUUAAAAGAAGAUGUUAAAAAUCUGAUGCGUUAAAGUCCCCUGGAAGAACAAAAGAAAGGAAGUCUUUUGAUAUACAUUUGCUAGUUCCAGAUGCAGUCCAUGCUUUUUUCCAUGUAACAUCUAUCUCUCUGUUGACCUUAUGAAUCAUACAUAACUGCUUUUCAGCUGUAAAAGGCCAAUUUUUGUCGACUUUUCUCUCUUCCUGCCAGUCCCAACUGAAAUUAGUGGAAAGAAAACUUGAUAGGGCUCUUAGCUGUGAACAAAAUCUCCUCAUUGUAAACUAGCAUCCUCUUUAACCAAGCUUUACCAAGCUAGGUUCAUUCCAGAAAUUUGUGGUUUUAAGUAGAAAAUCUGUCUACCUUUAGCCAGGCACAUGCCCCAUAGGAAGAGAAAAAGUAGCCUGUUUUGUUCAGCUCAACACCACAAUGUGUUUUGGAACUAUAACUUUAAAAGUAUCGUAAUUUUUGCAAAGAAGGCUUCAAUUAGAAUUAUUUUUCUCAAAAACAAAAAACAAAACCACCCUCGUCUUAAGUUCCCUAAGUCUUCUUUUGGCAUUAGUGACAAGUUGAAAUAAAAAUCGGCACCAUACUAGUACAAAAUGGACUCACCCUUGCAAGGGAGUCUGCAAAAUAUCAUCAAGGAGAAAACCCUACAGGCUAAUGUUGCAAGUUUCCUUUCUCAGACUUUGUAAUGUAAGUCAAGUCGUCCCUCCGCGCUGCCAUCAUUCCUUUUUGAAUUUCUUUGGGGGGUUAUUUAAUGAAAAACAGUCUAUGUUUUGUUUUAAGCUGAAGUCCUAUUCUGCAAAUUUCUGCUUUGGAAAAAAAAAAUUGUUAUCAUUUAAUUUCCUUUCUGCAAAUUAAAACUAAUGAAGUGUGGACAUGUCAAAGCAGAUGGCAAUGUCCUAGGCAUUCCCUUUGGCUCUGUGCUUUUUAACAGGCUGGUUUUCCUUGUGCAAGACACCCUAUUGUCUUGAGGGAGACGAAGUAGACUUGAAGCAGAUGCUUUUUCCAUAAAUCUCAUUUUGCCUUAGAUGAACCAAAGACCAUUUUAAACUUCUGCUUCAUAGAGAACAGCUGAACAAAGGCAUUCUAUCUAAAGCAGUUGGUGUUAGGGAAAACUGUCUACUUGACCUGUUUAUGCACCCAGUGAUCUCAAGAAGCUUUAAAGUUCUUACACAAACUUUGCAUUUUCCUCAAUCUUUAAAACACAGCAAAAAAAAAAAACAAAAAACAAAAAAAAAAAACCUCAGGAUCGGUGUGUGCUUUUAGAACACUAAUU